GAUUCAUAAAUAUUGCUGGAAUCUGAAUGAAUAUGACUGACUGGCUGACUGCUCCCUAGAUACCUGUAGCUUGUCAAAGAAAGAAACUGAAAAACAAUUCGGCAUGUGGAAUUAGCUGACGUGCUACAUUACACAAUUCUGCAGCUUUUGUGUCAGCUCAAGCUAGAGAAGAUGUUUACGGCAAGGAGGAAGAUCCAGAAGGACAAGGGUGUAGAGCCAACUGAGUUUGAGGACACAGUUGCCCAGGCAUUCUUUGACCUCGAGAAUGGGAAUCAGGAGCUUAAGAGUGACUUGAAGGACCUUUACAUCAAUGGAGCAGUGCAGAUGGACGUGCCUGGCAACAGGAAGGCUGUUAUCAUCCAUGUCCCAUACAUGCUUCAAAAGUCUUACAAGAAGAUUCAUGUGAGGCUUAUUCGGGAGCUUGAGAAGAAGUUCAGUGGGAAGGAUGUUGUUCUCAUUGCGACUAGAAGAAUUGUGAGGCCCCCAAAGAAGGGCUCAGCUGUUGUCCGUCCCCGUAGCCGCACUCUUACCACUGUUCAUGAUGGCAUUUUGGAAGAUGUUGUGUACCCAGCUGAGAUUGUUGGAAAGCGUGUUAGAUACCACUUGGAUGGUGCAAAAGUCAUGAAGGUCUUCCUGGAUCCAAAGGAGCGAACCAACACUGAGUACAAGCUCGACACUUUCAGCACAGUCUACCGGAGGCUUUGUGGGAAGGAGGUUGUGUUUGACUACCCUGUGGCUGAGAGCGCUUGAGGUUGCUUGGCCUUUCGGCAGGUGCCUAGUUUGCCACUUGACCCAGUUUCGUCUAUCUGCAACGGAGAUUACCAUAUGUUCCAUGCGUGAAAUAGUGUUCAGCAUCCAGGAAUAUGCCAAUCUCGUUUCUUCUUAAAGCUGUCUUGGAUUGUACAAAUGCUUUGCAUUGCAGUUCUAGUUAUGUGUACUGUUUUGCGAUAAGCAUGAUCUAUCUGCAGAUAAAAAGAAGAAUUUUGACA